GUAAAGCAAACGCUGUAUUGUUUUUAUUAAUUAAUUAUAAUUAACUUUGUAUAUAUAUUGCGAUAAUGUUAUUUCGCAAUAUAAUUAAAAAAGAAACAGGAAAAGAAAAGUAGAAUAAAAGCAAAGAAGAAACGAAAAAACUGCCCAAAUACUAGAGAAACGCAAGAAUUCGAUAAAUUGUGAAUAAAAAUCGUUAAACAAUUUAUGAAAAAACAAUAAUAAUAAUUUAACAAUUUAAAUGCACAAAAUAUAAAUAAUUAACAAGAAUAAUAGCCGCCACAAAAGUAAAACCUAUAAAAAGCUGCCUGUUUCUACGAAAAAAUUCUUAAAGGAGAGAUAAAACAAAAAAAAAGAAUUCAAGAAAAGAAGGAAAAAACUAUUGCUGCUGCAAAACUCAAAUCAAUAUGGAUGAUGUUGUGGCUCCACCAACACCAGCCUCCGAAUCAGCCCUAAAAAACUGGCGUGUUAAACAUUCGACUGGUACAUUGGAGAAGAAAGAUUUCAUUGAAUUCUUUCAAAAAGAAUCAAGAAAAUAUUUUGAAUUUCAACCUGACAAUGGUGUGGAUUCUGCUCGAAGCUGGCAAGAUGUUCUAUCAGAAUUUAAAAAUUUGAAAAAUAAACGAGGAUAUGAUGGUUCUUUAAAAUGUAUGUUUAAAGAGGCUGGUGCUAAAGAAGGCAUUAUCGAUGUUCUUCUGGAAUUCAUAUUGGGCGAUAAUCCCAAAUCUGUGUUGGAUAAAUUACACUCAGAAGGCGCCACAUCGGCUGUAUGUGGCAAAGUGUUUAAGAUCGGUGAACCCACCUACAGUUGUCGUGAGUGUGGCAUGGAUCCCACCUGUGUGUUGUGUGUGAAUUGUUUUAAACAAUCUGCGCAUCGUUAUCAUAAAUACAAAAUGUCCACAUCGGGCGGCGGUGGCUGUUGUGAUUGUGGCGACGAAGAGGCAUGGAAGAAGGAUCAAUAUUGUGAGGAACACUUGCGGGGCAAGGAAAACAGUUCGAGCAGUACCAUAAUUACAGAUGCCAUUAAAGAACGCUGCGAAAUAGCUUUCAUAGCCAUACUCUCGUUUUGUGUAAAUUACUUGGAAAUUGAAUCUAAAGCUAGUCUCGAAUGUUUAGAUGGCGAUGGUACGGGCGACGACUACUACUGUACCGUACUCUACAAUGACGAAUCUCAUACAUUCGAUCAGGUCAUACAGACAUUAACGAAAAUCGCCAAAGUCCAACAGAAAGAGGCCACCGAAAUUGUGGCCAGCAUUGAUCGGGAGGGCAGAGCCGUGGUCAAGUGUGAUUCGUUUGGUGAGUGUAAUAACUUGAAGGAGGCGAUUGAAAAACAAUCGGUACCACCAAAUUUGCAAAUGCCAAAUAGUAGAGCCAAUCAAUCGCUACGUGUCUCAGUGCUACACAUACGCGCGGUGGCCUGUCAGCAAUUUGCUCUGCAGUUGCUGACCUGGUUCCAGGAGUUUUUGGUGCGUCACAGUACAUUUCGUCAGAUAUUUUGCCGCAUCAUAAUGGACAAGAAGGCACCGUAUUGCAUACGUCAUAUUUUGGAAUAUGAUGUGGCCUUGUGGAAGACGGCACGUACUUGCUGGCAUCGCCUGUUAAUAUCCGGCAUGUUAAUGGAGUACGACAAUAAAAUGGCUUUGGCUCAAGAAUUCUCCAAGAACUAUGCCACCAUUGUACAAGACUUUAUAAGUGAUGAUCACGAUCAUUCAUUUUCCAUUGUAUCACUAAGUGUUCAGCUGUUUACGGUACCAAGUAUCGCUCACUAUCUAAUAGCACGCGAGGGCAUCUUCUUUAAAUUGCUGCACACGUUCUAUCACAAGUCCAUAGAGGAUUUUAUGCAAAACAAAACACUGCACUUUUCCAAAAGUGUUUCCACCCUGAGUCACUUCAAACGGGCCGCUUAUAUACUGUACGAUUUGCGCUAUAUACUCAGCUUUAAGCCGGAUGCUUGGACCAGCGAUCUGCGUGAGGGUUUCAUAGAGGGUUGCAAAGGUUUGCUGCGCGUGCUAAAUGCUAUGCAGGGCAUGGAAUCGGUGACACGACAAACCGGCCAGCACAUGGACUAUGAACCCGAAUGGGAAUGCGCUUUCAAUUUGCACAUCAAAUUGGCCAACACAAUUUCCUUGGUCUUGGAAUGGUGUGCCACCGACAAGGAGGUGUUGGUGAAACUCUAUCAAAUGGUGAUGCGCAAUUUAAUGCAAAACGGUUUUAUUGUCACACCAGCCAAGGUGGAAUCUAAAACGGUGGCCGGUCAUAUAGCUAAAUGUUUGAUCUAUGAUGUAUCCUCGAAACCGGUGUCCAUACACUUGCCCCUGUCUAGAUUCUUUGCGGGUAUUUAUUUACAUUUGGGUCAAUAUGGUUUAAAUUUCGAUUUGGUCACCAGUUUGAAGAGGACACCCGAAGAGAUAAUGGAGCCGAUAUUGUGCACACAAGUGAUGAUUGCUCAGGUUCAUUCGGGCAUGUGGCGCCGCAACGGUUACUCUCUGCUCCAUCAGCUAUACUUCUAUCGCAAUGUGCGCUGUCGCACCGAAAUGUUGGAUCGUGAUAUUGUGGGCAUGCAGAUUGGAGCGUCACUUAUCGAAAGCAAUCAAUAUUUGAUACAUCUGCUAAAUAAAUUCAAUCUCAUGGAAUGGAUACAGCCAGAAUAUGAAGAUUCCAAUACAGAACUUCCCACAGAUGACGAUUUCAUAAGACGUCUCUCAAUGAUCGAUGAAUUCCUUGAACUGUUGAUUGUGGUCAUAGGUGAACGUUAUAUGCCCGGUGUGGCUCAUGUUUGCGAAGAGGAUCGUACCAAGAAGGAAAUCUUACAGUUGUUGUGCAUAAAACCCUAUUCCCAUUCGGAGCUCAAUAGAGCAUUGCCCGAUUCAAAUAAUGAUACCGCUUUAGAAGAUGUCAUUGAUACGGUGGCGGUUUUCAAGAAACCCCAAAAGUUAGAUGCCAAGGGUGUUUAUGAGCUGAAGGAGGAAUUGUAUGAUGACUACAACAUGUACUUCUAUCACUAUACAAAAGAGGAUAAAUCCAAAUCUGAGGAGACACAAAGAUUGAGGCGUAAAACCAAGGGCGAAUUGGUAUGUUGUCCACCACCAAAACUGCCCAAAUUAACAGAUGCUUUUGUAACAAUUGCCAAUCUGUUGCAAUGUGAUGUUAUGAUGCAUCUUAUGAAUACCAUUUUGGAAAGAGCUUUAGAUCUUAAAACCAAAAGUUUUCAAGAAAAUCAUUUGCAAAAGAUUUUACAUCUUAUUGGCUAUGGUUUGCAAGAGGAAGAAUCCGAAAACUAUCCCUUCUUGUCUUUCUAUCAGUGUUCCCAGAAAUAUAAAAUUUUACAAAAACUGGACGAAUUAUCGCGUAGUGCUAGAGUUGAAGCUCAUCGUGACUUCAUUUUGUGGACUAUAAAAAAAUUCAAAGACCUACAAGCCAAACAACCCGCUGAAAGCUCGGAACGUAUGCAAAGCGAUGAUAUGGAACAAUUGGGCGCCUCUUCCUCCAACGAUGAUUCGCAAAAUGUCGCCGAUACGGCCACCACGGCCGAACAAGAGAAACGCGAAAAAGAAGAACGUUCCCGUUUGGCGGCCGAGAGACGCGCCAAAAUUUUGGCACAAAUGCAAAAGGCCCAAAAUAAAUUCAUGACCUCAAAUGCUGAGAUGUUUGCAAAUGCCAAUGAUGUGGCCAGUGAUGCCAAUGCGGGCUCUGUCAUGGAAUGGCAAGAUGACAAUUGUAUGGAGGGUGCGGUGGCUUACAAUUCGAUUGCCUGUUUGGGUGUCGAAAGACGUUUGCAGCAGCCGGAGGAGGAGAAAUACAAUUGUAUAUUGUGUUUCGAGGAGGCAACCGUGUGUAAAGAUGGUCCCACAUUGGUGUAUUCGGCUUUUGUGCAGAAAUCGAAGGUUCUUAAACCCGAAUCGAAUUAUCCCUAUUCCAUACACACCAGCAGCUGUGGCCAUGUCAUGCAUGUCAACUGUUGGCAGGAGUACUACAAUAAUGAGGAGUCAAAAGAGUUGCGUCGUCCCCGACGUCAUCCCCUACAAAUCUUUCCCUCGUCGCCCAGCACCGAAUUUCAGUGUCCCUAUUGUCGUUGUCUAAGCAACACCGUACUGCCACUAACAGCACCGCUCUCCAAAUACUCUGUACCCAAUGUCAUACAUACAGGCGAUGAAAUCUAUCCCAUUGACUUGUGGAUCGAAGGUAUACGUGCGUUCAGUGAUAAACUCAAUAAUUUGGUGAUUAGCGAAGAUGCCAUCAUGUGGAAAUUCCAUUUGCCCGAAUGGUUCGCCACCCUCAAGGAAGCACACAUUGUUACCGAUCCCAAACAGUUUGCAAAAAUGGCUCAACCCAUAGCCCGUCCAGAAUUGCAAUCGAGUUGGGUUAAUUUCGUACAACACUACAUCAAUUCAUUGAAACGUAAUGAUGAAGACGAUCUGGUCAAUAUGUGGCAUUCUUGCAUCUAUACCGUACAAUCGUUGGAGGUGUAUUUGCGGGCAGUUGGUAAACCUUUGAAGGAUGAAAUGUCUAUACGUCAUAAGAGUUGUUUGAGCGGUUUAAUACGCGCCUGUUGCCUGUAUGUGGCUCAUUUGACUCAAACUGAUUUUGAGAGUUUGAUAAAACCGGUGGCCGAACUGUUGAAUGUGGUGUUUAAGCAUAAUGGGGAUUCAGUGUUGGAAUGGAAUUGUUUUAGUAAAAUGGUGUCGACCAUAAUGAUGGUGCCGAAUAUAUUGUUUGCUCGUGAACGCGAUACUUCUGUUCUUGCCAAUGGCAGUUUAAUGGAUUUCUAUACGUUACAAGUUUUCUUCCUUGCCAAUGUUGUUAAAGCUUUAGUAUUAUUUGAGCUACCCGCUGAUGGUCUAAUGGAUGUCGAAGAGGAGGAUUAUAGUUCGCUCACCGACAAGGCCCUAGAGAAUAUCUCUAUAUUCUUUAACAAAUACAAUAUACAGGCAAGACAAAAACAACAAAAGCAACAAGAACAGCAAAAGCAAGAGAAAAAGGAAAGUAAAACAGAGGAACAACCACAGCAACAGCAACCGCAACAACAGGGAGAUGAUACAGAUGCUGGCAUGAUGGAUGUGACACAGCAACAGGAACAGCAGCAGCAGCAAGCAGAUCAAGAGCAACAACAGCAGCCUGAUGUUGAAUUACUUACCCCCCAAAUGGUUUUCUCUAUAUUAGAACACAUUAAAAUGGAAAUGCGUGAGUUUUUGCGCUGCAGCUGUUUGUUCUUCCACUUUGUUACGGAUGUGGAAUUUCCCGAUUUCCUCUCGACCGCCGACAGUGACACCUACGAGAAUAUGUGUAAAUAUUUGGGCUUGAACACCCAGCUGGAAUCCUAUUUCGAUAAUGCCUCACCCUUUGCUACCAUUUUGGAAAUGUUUGCCUCGCAUCAUGAUAUUACCAAUUUAGAUGUGGUGACCACCAAAUUGAAACGUACCGGUGAUCCCUUGGUUGUAGUGCCCUGUAAUAGGCCCGUGCCCCAACUUGUGUCGCUGCCCGAAGAUUACAGCGAUCUGAUCAAUAGUGUUUCCGAUUUCAGUUGUCCCAACAAUGAGAGAGAAGAAAUGAAGACCCCUACCAUGUGUCUAAUGUGCGGUGAUAUCUUGUGUGCUCAAUCGUAUUGCUGUCAGCCCGAUUUGGAUGGUCGCAAUGUGGGAGCCUGCACAUAUCAUGCCUUCUUUUGUGGUGCAGAAAUUGCUCCCUUCCUGCGUAUACGUGACUGUCAGAUUGUCUAUUUGGGCAAGAACAAGGGUUGCUUUGUUCAUCCACCCUAUUUGGAUGAGUAUGGCGAAACCGAUCAGGGUCUAAGACGUGGCAAUCCGUUGAGAUUGUGUCCCGCCCGCUACAGUAAAAUACACUUGAAUUGGUUGGGUCAUGGUCUGCACGAAGAAAUUGCUCGCCUCAACGAACAUACGUCAGCCAUAACAACACAGUGGCAUCAUAUGUAGUUGUUGACAGCUGUAAGAAAGCGCCCAGCCCACAACAUCAUCGUAAAUGGAAAAUACAUUAAAAUUAAUAAUAAUCUUUGUCGCACUAUGCUGAUAAAUUAGUUAAUAAAUGCAAAAAACAAACAAGAUUAUUACAAGCGUAAAAUAAAUUUAAACAAAAAAAAAAACAGCAGUUAAUGUGAUUUAAACUAAACAAUAUAAGAAAGAAGAAUUAAAACAAAAGAAAAACACAACUUAUGUUAUUUAAACUAAUUAAAUUACUAAUUAAAAGUAAAAGAAACAAACUUACAACUCCUACUACUACUACUUACUACUAAUAAAACUUAAAUAAUCUUGAAAGAGCAAAUCUGAAAA